AUGCCGACCGACGCGAAGGACAAGGAGCGGGAAAAGCGGAGGAAGGAGAAGGAGGGCAAAGACAAGAAGGAUUCCAAGGAGAAGAGGGAGAAGAAGGAUAAGUCCGGUGAUAGAGAGAAGGCCAAGGACGGCAAGCACAGGUCCUCCAAAGAUGGGCCCCAAAAGGACAAAUCGAAGGACAGGCGGUCUAAGGACGGUGGGGGGUCGGAGGGUGCAGCAUCCUCAUCAGCCUCGUCUCGGCCCCAGGGGCCCAGGCAGCCGAUGCGGAACUUGAAAGCAAAGAAAGAAGAGGGCUCCAACUACAUGGCCGGAAUGGAUUUGCCGCCCUCUUCCAGUGAGGGCGAGUCGGAGGAAGAGGACGACUCACGGAAGGACAGGGAUGUGGCCCUGAAGCAGGCCACAGACAAAGAGCAGAAGAAAAUUGCUGACAGGGAACGCAAGCAGCUGGAAAAGGCCCUGAGGAUAAAGGAGGCAGCCCUAAGGGAUGAUGAUAAUGUGUUCGAUGUGUCCUAUGAGGGACAAGGGGAGGAGUCAACACUGAGUGCCACAGAUGUGAAGGUGCACAAGUUGACUGUACGGGUGAAGGGCAAAGAGCUGCUUGUGGACACCAUGGUGACCAUCUCCGCUGGGCGGCGGUAUGGCCUCGUGGGUCCCAAUGGCAAAGGGAAGUCUACCCUGCUGCGGCUGUUGGCCAGACGCCAGAUUCCUGUGCCAGAGAACAUCGAUGUGCUGCUUGUGGAACAGGAGGUUGUGGGGGACGAGAGGACGGCAUUGCAGGCGGUGGUUGAGGCCGAUGUUGAGCUCAUGAGGCUUCGAGCGGAGGAGCAAGAACUGAUGGCGACGUCUGGAGAGGCCACGGUUGGGGAUGCUAGUGCUGCAGACUCUGAGCGGCUUGGGGAGAUCUAUGAGCAGUUGGAGGCCAUUGGCGCAGCGUCCGCUGAGGCUCGCGCCUCCAAGAUCCUUCACGGCCUGGGCUUCUCCAAGGCCAUGCAGGGCCGCCCCACCAACUCCUUCAGUGGCGGUUGGCGCAUGCGCAUAUCACUGGCAAGGGCCCUGUACAUCCAGCCUACACUGCUGUUGCUGGACGAGCCCACCAACCACCUGGACCUGAGGGCAGUCCUGUGGCUGGAGGAGUAUCUGCAGAGGUGGAAGAAGACGCUCAUUGUGGUCAGCCACGACAGGGACUUCUUGAACAACGUGACGACCGACGUGAUCCACCUGCAUGACUUGGGCUUGCACUUCUACAGAGGCAACUUCGUGCUGUUCGAGAGCAGCUAUGAGGCAAAGCGCCGCGAGGUCAACAAGUCAUAUGAGAAAUACGAGAAACAGAUGAAGGCCGCAAAGUCCAGCGGCAACAAGGCCAACCAAAAGAAAGUGGAGGCGCAGCAGAAGUACAAAGCAUCAAAAAAGAGUGGCAAGGUCAAGGACAAGGGGUUCGCCAUGGGGGAGGAUGCCCCACCUCCUGAGCCAGUGGCCCCAAGGAAGUGGUAUGACUACACUGUGUCCUUCGAGUUCCCUGAACCCACAGAUCUGGCGCCGCCACUGAUGCAGCUGAUCGAUGCCGAUUUCAAAUACCCAGGGAGGGAUGACUUUGGACUGCACAAUGUGAACAUCGGCAUCGACAUGGGCUCCAGGGUAGCCAUCGUGGGACCCAAUGGUGCAGGCAAAUCUACUCUGAUGAAUUUGCUUGCAGGUGACAUUGAUCCCAUUUCCGGCGAACAACGACGGAAUAGAAAGCUUCGUGUUGGUCGCUAUGCACAGCAUUUUGUCGAUCUACUGGUGAUGGAAGAGACACCUGUGGAAUACUUACUAUCCAGGUUCCCCCAGUCAGGACUCAAGGCUGAGCAGAUGCGCGCCAGGCUCGGGCGAUUUGGCCUGUCAGGUCACCACCACCUGCAGCCCAUUUGCAAGCUGUCUGGUGGCCAAAAGGCACGCGUGGUGUUCACAUCCAUCUCCCUUCAAGACCCCCACAUCUUGUUGUUCGACGAGCCCACCAACCAUCUGGACAUGCAGAGCAUAGAUGCCCUGUCGGAUGCUGUGAGCGCCUUCCAGGGUGGGGUGGUGGUCAUCAGUCACGAUGCACAGCUGCUGAACACGAUCUGCGAAGAUGAGGAACGCAGCGAGGUGUGGGUGGUGGAAGAUGGACAGAUCAGAACUUACCCUGGAGACUUCAAUGACUACAGGAAUGCCCUCAUCAGGGAAAUUGCAGCAGAGCUAGAUGAAGAUUGA